GCCUUAAGUAAUAAUAUAUGGCCUGCACUACCAGGAGAAGAAAGCAUACAUACAAUUAAUCAAUUCAAAGGCGAACUUACCAGAGACAAAUGUCUGUUGUAAGUUGAACUGGAGCACGAUAUCCCAGAGUAUAAAUUAUUACAAACGUUAAAAACCUUGUAACCAACAUCACUAAACUACAUUGACUCUCCUUUCAUUUAUUCUGCAUUGUUUUAGCAAGUUUGAUAAAACGAAAUCUUAAGCUUCUUGCAUUACUUUUGGAAAUGAAUGUUGAUUAUCGCGACCAACCUCAGCAGUCCAGAUGGUCCAGAGGCCUUUGUCACGGUGGAGAAGAUGUUACUGCAUGUUACAUAACAUGCUUUCUCCCAUGCAUCACCUUCGGCCAAAUUGCUGAAACUGUGGAUGAAGGACGAAGCUGUUGCGUAAACCAAAGCACAGUGUACGGGUUGUUGUUCACGAUUCAGUGCCAUUGGUUCUACUCGUGGCUAUACAGAGAUAAAUUACGCCAAAAAUUUGGUUUGCCGGAGGAGCCUUGUUCUGAUUGCUGUGUUCAUAUCUGGUGCUACGCAUGAACUGUUUGCCAAGAACAUGCUGAGCUCAAACAUAGAGGGUUCAACGCCUCCAAAGGUUCGUUUCUCUAAUCCUAGUUAGAGAGGUAUCUCAUCGCGAAGCAUAUAGUAAUUAUAUAUUACCUCAAAUUUAUCAACUAUCAAACAUCAUUUUUGGAGAUUGUUUUUGGAGCUGUAAUAAUUUUUCUUUUCAUUUGUUUGUAAGUUGGACUGGGCCACCAACCGUUGCUCCACAGGUGCCUCCUUCCAUGUUCAAAUGAUCUCCAACGCUUGGCAGAGGAUGGUUCAAUAGUUUGUGUUGCAUGAAUCAUGGAUGUUCACAAAUUGUGUGUGCUCCUAAUCUAUGAUGUCAUGAAUCAAAUAUAUAAUAUAAUGUAGGAGGGAAAUGUAAAGUGUGUACCGUGUUUUCUUGUUCAAAUAAUUUUUUUAGAAUGACGGUUUACACUAAGAGGGAGGGGAAUAAAUUAGUCACAAUCUCGUCAUAUCCAAUAUUCGAACCUAACACUCUCACAUACAAGUAAAAAUUCAUAUCACUAGAGCAUAGUACCAAAUAGCUUCUACAAGUAAUAUUAAGUAGUAGAAUUUUGAGACAUUAUUAAUAUAUUUAG